AUGCUGCCUGCAACCUUCAAACUGUGUGCUGGCAUCUCCUAUCGGCACAUGAGGAACAUGACAGGUUUGAGGAAGAAUGCCUUGGUGGCCAUUCACCACGAGCUGAACAGACUGGCAGGUCCAGGCCCCAGUAACUGGAUCAGCCAGGUCCGCCGACGAAGCUCCCUCCUCAGUUCUCGGAUUGAAGAGGAAAGGUACAGUGAGGAGGAGAUGUCUUAUGUGAAGCAAGGUGAAGAUGCGCUGCAGAAGGCCAUAAGCAUCCUCGGCGAACAGGACGGCUGGACCAUUGAAACUGUAGCCGCAAAUGGAGACAAAGUCCUGAGUAAGGUCUUACCUGACAUUGGGAAGGUGUUCAAGCUUGAGGUGAUGUUGGAGCAACAUCCUGACAAUCUUUAUGAAGAGCUGGUGGGAAAUAUGGAGCAAAUGGGGGAGUGGAACCCAAAUGUUAAACAGGUCAAGAUCCUUCAGAAGAUUGGCCAAGACACAAUGGUUACCCAUGAGGUUUCUGCAGAGACGCCAGGCAAUUUGGUGGGACCGAGGGACUUUGUUAGUGUCCGCUGUGCAAAGCGACGGGGCUCCACGUGCUUCCUGGCUGGAAUGUCCACUCAGCACGCGAAAAUGCCCGAGCAGAGGGGAGUGGUGAGAGCAGAGAAUGGGCCAACCUGUAUAGUGAUGAAACCCUGUGCUGAGGACCCCAAAAAGACCAAGUUUACCUGGUUACUAAGUUUAGAUCUAAAGGGCUGGAUACCAAAGACAAUCAUCAACAAAGUGCUCUCUCAGACGCAGGUGGACUUUGCCAACCACCUCAGGCAAAGGAUGGCUAAUAAUGUUUCUAUGGAGAUGGCUCACGCCUGCUGACACAAGAUGCCUCUUGAGCUUUGGCAUGGUGCACUCAACAGUGGCAGCGGAGCGACCCCAUGCUCAUUAAAAAAUCAUAUGAAUCUGCUUAUAACUGCUGAAACAAUACAAAAAUCCAGAGCGUGUUGAGGAGAUCGGACGAAGAUGAUGCUUGUCUGAGAUUUUAGGAAAAUCUGAGCACAGAUGUUGGUUUCAGCUGGCAAAUGUGUG